UCGGGUCGUAUCUUGAUCCGAAAAUCAGCCGGCGCGAAAGGGCCGCCAUCUAAGGUAUGUCCAUUCUUGCAGCUUCCAUAAGUACCUGUCAACAGCGCCAUUCUGGUAAAUACUGUUAAGGCACCGUACCUUACAUCGACUGAUCUCAUCGACAAUGGCCGACGAAAUCCCCAGAACAGACUCUGCAGCAGAUACACCCGCAAUUGUAGCACCAGCUGAAUCUGCUGUCAAUGGACAUAACUCAGACCAGAAGGAUGUGGCAAUGUCUGAUGCGCCAGUCGAUCACUCUGCAUCAUCUCCUGCUCCAGCUACUCAUGCGCCUAGUCCUAUACCUGCACGAACAGGGACUCCGGCGCAAGGUUCCAGAGCUGCUUCUGCGCAUCCGGAUUCUGGUCUUAGCCUACCAGCCGAAGCUGCCCCUCAUGGUGAUUCAACACGACGAUAUCUCAACACAAAAGUUACUGGAGUAUUGUUAGAGGGCGUGAAGCAACUGGCAAAAGACAAGCCGAGUGAUCCUCUCCGGGUACUAGGAGAGUAUCUCAUUCAGAAGUCAAAGGAACUGGAAGGCACUGGCUAGAUCCACGAUAUCACAAGAUUUUCCACGGUAGCACGCAAUUGGCAUGGUAGCGGAAGGCAUAGAUGGCGUUCAGGUUCAAUAAUUUUAUCGUCACUGGGUUGAGAAUGUCCCAUUGCAUACGCGUACUUUCAGCGGUCGAAAAGCUUUCUAUUUGAGCGGUCGACGUCGCUGUUGAUCCUCCCAGAGGGGGCGAGCAGAAAGCACCAUGGCUCUAAAUGCAAUUUUUCCAUGUUUGUCCCCCAACUCCGUGACCCGGGAAACCAUCACCACCAAUCAAUGCGGCCAUUCUUUGUCAUGUCUUCGCUUAAGCGACGAUGGUGCUGGCAGUAGCGGACUCGUACUUCCAGGUGGGAGGGAGAACACCGACGGUCUUGUAGUAGCGAGCCAGGCGGUGAAUUCGGGACUCAAUGAGAAUGAGGCGGAACUUGGAGUCCUUGUCCUUGCGGUUACGCUCGAGGUGCUUUCGGACGGCGACAGCCUUUUAAAUUGUUAGCUUGGAAUUGUGCGACGGGGUAAUUUUUAACAUGACUUGCGUACCUUCUUGAUAAGCAUGUACAGAUCCUCGGGGAGCUCGGGAGCGAGGCCUGUUAAAAUCUCUCUGUCAGUCUCAACCG